CCACAGCAAUAGGUAAGAACGUGUUUCAAACAAAGUUGAGGCUUCCAACACAGAAAAAUUAGCAGGAAGCUCUCUGUUUGUCGUCAUGCACGAUUCUUCCUGGGAUACAGCAGAUAUCCAUGGAGUUUCAGAGUUUCUUGAUGUAUCGCGAACUACCAUCGAUAGUUUACUACAUCAGGACUUGUUUUCAUCCAUCUUUUCGUCUCUAAUAAAACGAUACAAAGAAUACGGAAAUUUAAAAAAUAAUGAAUUAAUUGCUGAAGUGAACUUUGAACAGCAAUCUCGAGUUUUAGAAAAGCGGUUAUUGGAGUCUGAGAAACAACUGGACGCGUCAAAAUUUGAUAACGAAAAUGUUCGUAAGUCACUUCUUUCAUCUGAAGAGAAUUCUAUUAAGAACUAUAAUCUUUAUCAAAAUGCACAGAAAGAAGUAGACGCAUUGAAGAAGGAACGCGAUGAAACAAAAAGUGAUUACGAACUGCUACACAAAGAAAAUGUACGGCUUCGAGAGUCCCUUGUUCAAAAUUCGAAAGAUUUACAAGAGAAAGUUACUGUCAUUGAUGGCUAUAAAAGCCAGCUUUUGACGUACAAUCGAAAGGUUAUAGAGGUACAACAUUUACAACAGGUGGUACAAUCAUCGAAAUCUUCUUACGAAUUCGAGCUGCAAAAGUUAUCACAAAAGAACUCAAUAUUGGAUAACAACAAUACAUGGCUCAAUCAAGUUAUUGAAGAUCUAAAUACGAAGUUAUUGAAACUCCAUCAAUCUUUUUCGUUGGAAAAAUCACAGCUGAAUUCGCAAUUGACGGAUGCAAAUUUAAACAAGGAUGUAUUGCAACGUAAAGUGGAUUCUUUAAGUAAACAAUGUACUGAAAGUCAACUGAAGCACGAAACUUGUCUUAAUGAACUUUCUGAGCUGAAGAAACAGCAUGAGAAUACAGUUUUCUCACUUCAGAAAGACUUAGAAUCUCAAAGACAACUUAUCGAUUUAUGGACCAAUAAAUACAAGACGCUUCAAGGUCAUUCUGAACAUCUUCAAAAUGCGAACUCUGAAUUGGAUACACUACUUAGAGAGGCACAACAGUCCCUUGAGGAUCAACAUUCUGUUUUCGAAAAAAGUUUAUCUUCUAGCCAGUCAAAUGUAGAGUUUCUAAAGAAGGAAAUAGCAAGCUUGGAAUCGCAGCUUUCCUUAGCGAAUGAAAGGCUUGCUAAUUCUGAAGAUUCUGGUUUUUCUUUUUCUUUAAAACCUAGAGAGACGUCAUUAUCUUUAUCCGAUUUAUAUACAGAAAGACUAUACUUUAAGCAAAAGUAUGAGCAUAGCAAACAGCAAGUGGAUCGUUUACAACGAAACUUGAACGAAACUAUGAACGAGGUAAAUCUUCAACACCCUCUCAUUAAAGAACAGUUUGAACGUUUUAACGAAAAGCAGAAGGAAAUCGCGGCAAUGAGCGAGCAAUACCAAAAGUCUUUGGCAGAUUUCAGAAAAACGCAAUCGGGCUUCAAGGCUCUGGAAGUACAGCUUAAAGAUAAAUCUAAAGAAAACAAACAUUUUGAACAACAAAUUCGUGAUUUGGCUCGCCAGGUUCAAGUAUUGCUACAUGAAAUAGACCUUCGUGAUUCCGGAACAGUGUUUACCAAUAAAGAGCGUCAAGUUUUUCGAAGUUUGGUAGAGCAGUCGGUAGAAACUCCUGAAAGCGAUACUAAUCAGCUUAUAUCUGAUUGUCUUGUUUCCUUCAGAAAUAUAGCUGAAUUACAGCAACAAAACCAAAAAUUACUUUCAGUUAUUCGCGAUCUCGCCCAAGAGCUAGAAAAAAAUGAAAGCAUUUCUAACGCUUCCAAUGUCCAAAAUGAUACUUUAAUGAAUGCUAAUCGCAUUAUUGAUGAACUCUCCCAGCAACUCGAGUUUAUGAAUGAACAAUUUAACGGUUGCAUAAAGGAACGGGAUUUUUUCCGAACGUUAGUUCAAGAAAACGAAUCUUUUUUAAAAAUUGACGACGAUUCGUUGGAUAUCCACAAAGGAAUGAAACUUAAGGAAAGGAUAGGCAAUCAACGAUCUUCGAUACAAAUUGACUUACUAACUGAAGAGCUGGAAAGCUUUAAAUCCGUUGCCAGUGAAAAAGAAACCAAAUUAUUGGAGAAGAUUAGAUCCUUAGAAACUGUUAACUUUGACCUACAAAAUCUUAAUUCGGCUGUAAAAAUAGAUCUGGCUAAAACCCUCGAGAAAUGCGGUUACUAUGAUCAUUUAUUGACAACAAACCAAAAAGAACACAGUGAACUAUAUGAAAAAUAUAAGUUAUUACAGGAACAGCACAGUAACAGUUUACAACAAUUUCAGGCAAUCUCUGGUCAAUUGAGCGUUUAUUAUAAGCAAGUGGAAACUUAUCGAUUUGAUUUGGAGAAUUUGUACAAAGAGAAGAAUCUCUGGAACAGUGUCGAAUCGAAAUUAACUUUCGAAUGCUCGCAACUAAAUUCCUCUUUAUUAUCUAUUCAGCAAGAAAACAAUCAACUGAAAGCACAGUUACAAUCCCACGAGCAAGAUCAUGAUGGAGUUGUUAAAUUAUUGAAUAACCGUCUUUCUGAAUCUUCCAUUGAUUUGAGAAAUGCUAAUGCUAAAAUUUCUGAAUACGCUGAUGACAUAAAAAGGAUUACUCUACAGAAUUCUUAUGAUAUUAAAGACUAUCAGCUGCAAUUGAAUACCAUGGGAGACAAAGUUUCCGAAUUAAAACAAGAGCUCACUUCCCAAGCUACUCGAUGCGCGAGCCUUGUUACUGAAAACCAGGAGCUUAAGGAUAACUUAAGGUUGACUCAAGAAAGAUGCAAUAACUUACAAACAAGUAUUCUAUCUUCAAGAUCAUCCGAGGGUUCAAUUACUGCUGAAACAGAAAAUAUUAUGAAAGAUUUAGAGACAACUAAAGGAAAGCUACAAAGCCUAGGGGAUGAGUAUCAAAAGGUCCAACAAAAGUGUUUAGCAUCGGAGAAAACAUUAGAAAUGAUGAAUGAAACCCAUGAUCAGUUUAAAAAUAUUAUGGAAUCAGAAUUGAGGGAGAGAGAAGAAAAGAUAAAAAGGCUUUAUGCGGAAGCAUCUCAAUUAAAGGAAGAUGUUAACAUGGCCCGACAAGACAAGGAUUUAAAAUAUCAGGAGCAAAUGACCCAAAUUGAGAAUUUAACCCGAGAAAGAGAUGAAAUGCUGAGUUACAAGGAGGAAAACCAGUUUAUUCGUGAUGAAUUCGAGAAAAUGAUUCUUUCUCUCAAAAAAGACUUGGAGAAACAAAUACAGCUAACUAAGGAAGCACAUUGUAAUUAUGAGACCGAAAUCAUAAAUCAUGGUUCCACUACUCAGAAACUUUAUGACAUGCGCGGUGAUUACGAAGAAAUAAAAGGAAAAUACCUUGAACUAAAAUCUAAAAGCGAGGAAUGGACGAGCACGCACGCAAACUCAGAAGAGAAUUGGAGGAAACAAAAGGACAAUCUAGAGUCGGAGGUAUCUUCAUUGAAAGAACAGUUGGAGGGUCUAGAGUCGCAAAAUAGGAUACUCCAUUCUCAAUUUGACUCAGUCAGUCAUCAAGUUGAAUUUUUACAAAAUAAUUCUUGGCAAAAUGAAGCGCCUGUAUCCAGACUGGAUUCUACUGGAGAUUCUGAGUUGCGUGAGCUUGUUAAUUAUCUUCGACAUGAAAAGGAAAUCACCGCUAACAAACAUGAACUGGCUUCCUUGGAUAAUAAGCGGUUAAGCCAGCAAGUGAAAAGUCUUCAAGGGACCAUAGAUUCUUUAAGUUUUGAGGUUGCUAGACUAAAGGGACCCACAAAUGCCGAUGGCUUUGGAAAACCAGAGGUUUUUAGUGGAUCUGACGAACUCCGUCUAUUAUAUGAGAGCAAUGAAGUUCUUCGCAAAGAUAAUGAAUUAAAGCGCUCAAAGAUCGAUAGUAUGGAAAACAGAGUCACUGACGUUGAAAGCAAGUUUGAGCCGUUGAAUAUCGAAAUUAACGACCUUAAAAUUGAGUUGGAUGCCAAGAAUGAGAGUAUUAAGCUACUCCAUGAAGAUAAUGAGAGAUGGAAAUCACGUUUCCAAUCUGUAUUGACUAGAUACGAAAGAAUGGAUCCAUCCCAAUAUGAAGAACUUAAAGCCAAGUAUGACAAUCUUGAUGCUGAAAAGAAAGAUCUAGAGUCAGCUUUUGAAAAGCUGAAGGAAGAAAAUGAAAAAUUAAAAGGAGAUUCAGAGCAAAUAUCGGCACUUAAAACAGAGAUUGAGCAACUUAAUGCAAAAAAUGUCAAAUUGGCUAGCGCUUGGAAUGAACGUUAUGAAAGUCUUAUCAAUUCAAGUAAAGCCAGGUUCUCUCAAUUGAGACAGGAGAUCGCAACUAGAGAUAAAGAAUUAAAUUCUAAGAAAGAUGAAAAUAAAAGCCUGUUUAAAGAGCUCGAAAAUGUUCGUGAAGAAGCGAAAACAAACACUGUCGAAGCGACGGAAAUGGUUUCUAAAGAUAAACUACAAGAAAUAGAGCAACGAAAAAAUUCACUAGAACAAGAGCUCUCUAUUGCUAAGGAAAACUUACAAUCAUUGACGAAAGAAAAAGAAACUGAGUUGUCUUCUAAUACAAGUCGUUUUCAGCAAUUAGAAAAGCAGUUAGAACAGAAAAUACAGGAGAACGAAACGCUCUCUCAAAAGUUGAAUACUCUUUCUCAAGAACUGACUUCUAUCAAAGACGCACAGCUUCAGCAAAUACCGUCAGAUCAUCCUGAAGCCUUUGAUUUCCAGCAAAAGUUAGAGACAUUAAAGCACGACUUCAGUAAAGAAAAGGAUGCGACUUUAGAGGAUACGCGCUCGAAGCUUUUAGAAGAAAAAGCUAAAGAGCACGAAAGUCUUCAAAAGGAGCUGGAUGAAAGUCAGACAACAAUACAAAGGCUUGAAUCAGAUUUACAAUCGCUAAAAAGUGCAAUGGAGAAUAAAUCUGAGCCGGAACUUGAAGGUCUAGUAAACGAACGACUUGAAAAAGCCUUACAUGAAAAAGACGAGGCCUUUAGCAAUCGGCUUAAUAGAGCUGUCGCUGAGACGGAGAUUCGUAACAAAGCGAAAAUAUCAAUCUAUGAGAAAAAAACUAGAGACUUACAAUCAAAGAUUGCAGAACUUGAAGGAACACUUAGCGGUCUAAAUCAGCAGUUGGAAUCACAGCAGAGCGUAGAAAGCUCAAAAAAACCUAACGUUGCGAAGGGCAAACAAUCUGUUCAAACGUCCAAUCAAGGUGAUCAGUCUACUAAGUCUCUAAGCUCCAGGUUACAAACAACUGGCAGUAAACAGAAGCCAAAUGUUGCUAGACCCGCUGUAGCUCGACCUGUACCAAUGAAACCAGAAGGUGGAAAAUUAUCUAUCACGGGUGCUUCCAAACGUUUAUCAACUGGUAAAAAUGCAGGUCAGGCCAAGCGCCAACGUGAUGAUUCUAACAAACAGGAUAAUAUAAAAUGAAGAGCUAUAAAAUUUGAUCGUUUAUGAAGUGAUGGGGUUUAAAGAUCUUAAUAUAUUUAACAUUGCUUACGUUUAAUUUAGGACUGACCUUAAGAUUUUUGAAAAUAAUAUAAUAUUCAGUACUA